AUGGAUUCUGGUGGCCAUAAACUCCCUCUUCAACCUCUUUUUUCAUGUCCUAGUUCACGUAUCAAUUUUCAUAAGCGCAAUCACAUUGAUGGUCAUGAGACUCAAGAGUUUUAUCCAUUCAAUUGUUCCCCUCACUUCCCCAGCAAAAGAACCAGUACUGAUCAAGAAGGCGAAUCUUUCCUUGAUUGGGACAACCCUUAUAUCUGUAAGCUUCCUGUAGUCCUUCUCUUUUGGUGCAACACUGAACAACCUGAUCCAGAAGAUUUUCGGUGUGGUGCAUGCGGGCGUCCAACGCUCAGUGCAACCUAUUAUGCAUGCCUUAUAUGUGAAAAAAUGUUCCACAAAGAAUGCGUAGAGUCUCCAUUCGAGAUCAUACAUCCUUCCCACCCUUUUCACUCUCUUCGACUUACCAGUUCUCCACAGAGUCAAAACUGCAUUUGUUGUCACCAUUAUUUCAACGACAUUUUUUAUCACUGUUCUACAUGCAAGCUCAUUAUGCAUCCGAUCUGUGCGAUGAGGUCAAUACCCUUUGCUGUAGACCACCCAAAAAGCCAUUCCCACCCUCUCACCUUUUACCCUGCACAAGCUUCUUUAGUUUGCCAUUUUUGUGCCUCGAUUAAGAAGUUUGAUCCCACAUAUAUUUGUAUCCAAUGUGUCUUCGCAAUCCAUAAAGAUUGUCGGGGUUUCCCGCAUGUCAUCAGGAUAUCUCGCCACCACCACCGUAUAUCUUUUACCUCUUCUCUUCUAUCUGGAACCUUUUCAUGCGGAGUCUGCAGAGAACAAGUUGACAACAAUUAUGGUGCGUAUGCUUGCAAUAAAUGUGAUGGUUAUUUUGUUCAUUCAAAAUGUGCAAUAGAUCCAAAGGUGUGGGAUGGAAAAGAACUCGAAGGAGUACCAGAAGAAAAUGAUAAGAUAGAUGAUGGUGAGCCGUUCAAGAGGAUAGCUGAUGGAAUAAUACUCCACCCUUUUCAUAGUCACCAUCUGCAACUUGAGAUCUUUAGAGCUUAUGACGAAAAUACGUAUUGUCGAGGGUGUGCGCUUCCGAUCUAUGAAGGUCAAUUCUAUUCAUGCAUGGAAUGCGACUUUAUCCUCCAUGAAAGUUGUGCAAAUGCUCCAUGCAUGAAGCGACAUCCCUUACAUCCAUAUCCACUUACACUUUUAAACACGGCAUCUCCUGGUGAGGAAAGUGUAAGCCAGUGUACUGCAUGUAGGCGUCUGGUUGUUGGCUUCUACUAUUUUCAUUAUUUAGAUAAACAUCACGAACGUAUAGCACUAGACUUACGGUGUGCCUCGAUUAUCGAACCAUUUGAAUUCCACGGCCACAAACAUCCCUUAUACCUACCUUGGGAGGACUCAAAUAAAGUGACGCACUGUCAAAUCUGCAAAGAAGAUUUUGAUAUGGAUAGUUUGGAAGUAAAUUGCAUGGAGUGCGAUUAUACGAUAUGUUUCCAUUGCGCUUCCUUGCCAGAAAAAGUAAGGUAUAAGCAUGAUAGUCAUUUUCUCAUGAUCUGUGAUGGAAAAGAGGCAAGUGAUAAACCAUACUGGUGUGAGAUCUGUGAAGGAAAAAUAGAAGUUGUAAAAGAAAAAGCGAAUUCGGGGGACAAAAAAAAAAAAAGGUUGCCAACAAAUAGAGACAAAAAAGAAAGGAAAAUUUAUAAAUGCAAUGACUGCUGUACCACUCUUCAUGCUGAAUGUUUACUUGGCCAGACAUUUACUUCAAAUCUGCUCAAACAAUAG